AUGAAGUUGCUACUUCUUUUAUUAUUGCUAUUCAUCAAAUGUUUAAAGGGAAAUAAUCAAGCCGUACACAGGAACAAAGUUAUUCACAUAAUUACAUAUGGAAACAAUAUAAAGAAUUUCCAUCCGCACAAUUACUUGGAUGCAAUCACAUGGUGUAAAAAAACAGGAGGGCGUUUGUUGGAGGUAAAAGAUAAAAAUGAACAGCAAAGAGUGAAAGAUAUGGUCAAAAGAAAAAAUGUUUUAUCAGUGAUUAAAAACUAUAGAAUGGACGGUUCAUGCAAUGAAAAUUAUACUUUGUCACAUAAGAACGCGUGCUACAUGAAAGUUGAAGAAGAGUUAAUGUGGUACGAAGCAAGAAGCCAUUGUGUUGAAAGAGAGGGAGAUCUGGUAGAUAUCGAGGAAAGUAAACACCUGAAGUCAUGUUUUUCAGAUCGUGAUCAACCAUAUUGGCUUAGACGUUCUAGAAUAAGAUGGGCUUGGAGGACUGAUAAAAGUUUAUUAAAUGAUGACAAACUCAAGGAUGCGGUUGCCAUCUUCAUUCCGUUCUCCAUAGCCAAAACCACUAUGUACGUUGUCAAAAUCAUCUGUUUUCUCUCCAACGUGGCCAUUGAGAUCGCCUCCAACACCAUUCGAUUUCCACUGGGUCUCCUGAAGGCAGAAGAUGUCAAUCUUUCUACGCUCGUGCAUUUUUGCGAUUUCCAUGCUGCGGCCACAAGUUAUACCAACUGGAAUUAUGAAUAUGAAUUAAAUGACGGAUGUGAUGGAAUGAAUGUUGGUACAUCGACCUGGAAAGUAACAAACUGCAUGCCAAAAAGGAAAAGGAAUAACGAUAGAACAUAUAUUUUAGUUUGUAAAAAAGGAAAUUUCGCAGAUGCAUCGGAUGCAACGGAACGAACAACAAGAUCAAAACAAUCCAGAAAACCCGAAACAACUAUUUCCCCACAAACCAAAUUAGCCACAUCAACCGUCAGUGACAUGCUGACCGACGUUGAUUCGAAGGAAGACAAACAGAGUGUGAUCAUUGGACUCAGCCUGACGAUCCUGAUCAUCGUGGUGUCCCUCGUUGUCGCUGGAGUUGUCAUCUUUAUCCGAAGAAGAAGAAGACCUGACAAUAUAAGAUACGUCUGCUUCAACAUGUUUUUCAUUUAUCGUACUUCAUAUUUUGUUCAGUCCUUUGGUGAUGCACUGUUACGAGUAUUAUUAGUGAUGCCUGUAUUCAGAGCACUUGCAGGCUUCGUGUUUUUGCCUGUUUGUGCGGUUGAUACCUCUUUGAUUUAA